UAACACCUUAUGAAGAUCCAACGCGUCUUGUCUCGGUAGCACCAACCCGGCCAAGUCGUCAACUCAUAUUGCACCGGAGUUGCCAUCGAUGCAGCUUUAUAGAGCUACUUGAACACCAACUUCAAUUAUAACCUUGAUUGUGCCUAUCCUUUAUUAAGGACGUUCAUAUUUACCACGUUGCCCUUAGCUGUGUUCCUUAAUGUUGUGACUUUUGCAAGCUGUUUCUAUUUGAUAUAGGAAAGACGUGUAGAACGUUAAAUAUACGCCAAUAAUUCAUCUUAUUUAAUCCCUGCCGGGCUCACUAGGAGGGGCCCCUGCCGGAAAUGGCGGCUGCCGGAAGCAGGGAGACGCCUGUGUGUGCAGGAGACCGGCUCGGAACAACUGAUUUGUACGAGGCUGGUGAGGGUGUGUACGUGCGGGAUGGCUUCCUAUUCGCUGGUAUUGUCGGGCUACAGCAUAUCGAGCAACCUGCGGGUAGAGGAGCGAAGCCUGUGCUGGGGGUUGUCCCCCGGGGCAUUCAGCCUCUGGUCCCCAAACCUGGCGAUCUGGUGACCGUCAAGAUAAGUCGGGUGGCCCAGACCGCGGCGAUGGCCCUCGUGUUGUGCGUGGGGAGACAAGCGCUGAGUACGGAAUUCAAAGGAGUCAUAAGGCAACAAGACGUGCGAGCCACCGAGAUUGACCGUGUGGUAAUGUACGACUGCUUCCGACCUGGGGACAUCGUACGUGCCGAGGUGGUUAGCCUAGGCGACGCGCGCUCGUACUAUCUGAGUACUGCCAAGAACGAGCUGGGGGUGGUGUACGCCCGAAGUGCGGCAGCGGGUGUUCCCCUGGUUCCCACGGGCUGGGUGACGAUGAUGUGUCCGGAGACACGCACCGUGGAGAAGCGGAAAGUAGCUCGGUUGGGGGCCGCAGGGGACGAGGGGAGGUGAAGUGUGAUGAUGACGCGGGGAGUUGGUAUAUGGAUGUGGAGAGGGGAGAAAAGGGAGUGGCUUUUCUUCCCACCAGAUGGAAUGUGUAAUAAGCAAACCGC